AGAACUUUAUGUAUUUUUCUUUUCAUGGCUUAAUCAUAUUGUAUGUUGCAUUGUGGCACUGAGGAAGAGUGUAUACCUGGUAAAUUGAAGAUAAUUUCAUAGUAACAUAACGAUAACUUACACCAACAUUAUCAUCACAUAUGUCCUUUAAAUAGUCAUCACAAUUAAUAAACUUAAGUUGAAUAUAUAUAUAUAUAUAUAUAUAUAUCCUAAUAACAUUUUGGAAGCCUUGAACAUGGUAUAAACAGAACAGUACUAGCCUAUUACAUUAUUAAUGACUUUUUUUAAACUGUGGUAAUUUGUAUCAAAUAAAAAGAUAACAUUUUACAAUAAAACUUCUACACUACCGUUUAUGUAUCAACCUACAUAAUACCCACAGAGGACUCAACAUUUAAAGUGCACAAUUAAAAUUGAAAUAUGUACUUAAGUCCGUGUAGUGUAUUUCAACAUAUGGUGUGUUAACAUAUUUUACUGUUAUGCUUACUCUACAAGAAAAAACCUCACGACACUACAUUUCCCAUAAACCACCGCGGUUUAAAUCCCGGCACAGAGGGAUUUGUGGGACAUGAAGGAUUCAACGUCACGUUUUAAACACAUUUGACCGAAGCUUUGUUUCAUAAAAACUACAUUUCCCAGAUAUUUUCAGUAUUCAAGACGUUGACAGCUUGGCUCAUCCUUGACCCGAGUCGGAAUUGGCUUUCUGCUACAUAUUGCAGAUAAACACCGGGCUAAUGGAAUAUUUAGAGCACCGGCGAAUAUUAUCUUUGUGAUGUGAGGACUCCUUCAUUUCCUACGUAUUGGGACUCAGCAUGGCGGAGGAGGAGGAGGACAGACACAGCCUGGAGGCGAAAUUUGUAGCAGCAGUUAAAGUGAUCCGGAGUUUGCCUGCAGAUGGUCCGUUCCAGCCCUCUGAUGACAUGUUGCUGAUGUUUUGCAGUUACUAUAAGCAGGCCACCUUAGGGCCAUGCGACAUCCCCAGGCCUAAUGGAUUCUGGGACUCUCAUGGAAAAGAAAAAUGGGAUGCAUGGAGCUCUUUAGGAAAUAUGACAAAGGAGGAAGCCAUGAAGAAUUAUAUUGAGGAUAUCCAGAUGAUUUUGGAGACCAUCCCAAUCUCAGAUGAAGUGUCCGACCUGGUGCAGAAGCUGGGCAACUUCUACACAGACGGAGAAAGAGAAGAAGGAGAAGCUGAAGAUCAUGAGGUGGACAGCAGACCCUUCACCAGGCCUUUUGCAAAUCAUGCAGAUGAGCUGAACAGGCAGCUUAAGAAGCCGACAAUGGAAGGCUAUGGGGAUCUGUGGGAUGAUAUACAGAACGUCCAUGAAAAUGACAGCACUGUUCAUGGCUUAAGUGUCAGUAGCGAGGAGGCAUGGGGGAGUAAGGAAAAUAGUGAAGUUGAGAGAAAUGAGGAAAGUAGUGAUUGGAGGAAAAGUGAGGAAGAGGAUAAUGGAGAUGAAGAAGACAAUACAGAGGACGAAGACGAGGAGGGGCAGGAGGAAAAAGGUUGGAGGCCUGACCCGACGCUGCUGAUGGUGAACAAGAGGUGGAGGUCUGACACCAGGGGUUCCAGCAGCAGCAUGGAGCCCAGCGUGUGCUCCUUCACCAACGGGACACACAGCUCCCUCAACAGCGAGGUGGAGGAGGAGGAGCUGGCCUGCUCCAUAGAGCCCUCCAUUGAACAGUAUAACUCCUACAUGCACUUUAAUGGACCCCCGAGUGGUCAUAGUGAAGUAGUUCCUGAGAAGAACCGCCGGUCAACAGACUCGGACGAGGAAUUCUGUGACUCGAUGGAGCAUCUGGCCAUGGAAGAGGGCCUGUCAACGUCAAGAAUACGCUCCUCUGGAUCAGCAGCUGUCUCAGUGAGGCAAAGGGAUCAUUGGUUUGAGAGCAACACGACCCUGAAUGCAGGAGAGGAUCAAGUGCUCAUGGGAGAUUCUUACUUUAAAGAAGGGAUUAGUGCAAGCAACAACAGCUCCUUGUCAAGAAGAGGGAGAGGUUCACCGUUGCCAGGGACUCCCUGCGAUUCUCAGCGUUCUGCCAGUGUAGAUGCUGUUUGUUGUUGUGUGUCACAUAGCAGAUAUCCUGUCUGCGUUGCCAGGGAAAACAUCAACGAGCAAAUAGCUACCGCUCUGCUGAGGCUGCAGCAUGACAUGUCCAGGGUGUUGCACAGGCUGCACGCUCUGGAGGCGCUGACGGUGUCACAGUCAAGAUCAUCUUCGCCAAAGCAGGAGGACGCCCUGGCAGUAGCACAAAAGUUCUUAAGACCAGCUUGGUGGCCUUUUGACUUCUCUCCACUCACUGUGGUGUUUACUACACUCUGGCCUGUGGUUGCCCAUUGGCUCGUCCAGGUUUACUUACAACGCAGGAGAAGGAAAAUCGCCUGAAUUCUCUGACCUCAAUCAAACAACUUGACGCUGGGAUGAAAUCGUUGCACUUUUGAUGCGUUGUGGCUUUGUAAGUCACCACAACAGACAGGGUAUAAUGAGGGCAGUAUUAGAAAUGGAAAGCCACCGUGGAUAAAUUAUGGGUCAGAUAUUGAUGUAAAAGGAGACUCUGCAAUUUAGUGUAGCAUUUUGACUUCCUGGAUACUUUUGAGGUGUUUAAAAUGUGUGCAUUAUAAAACUGGCACAUUAACAGUGAGCGUAGCAUUAGGCAGUGAUAUUAUUUAUGAAAUGUAGUCCAGAUCACCAAUAACUCAACAUAUAAAUAACUUGCAUAAACAUGAUCAUACAGUAGCUGUGGACAGUAAUCUAUGACCCAUUGUCAUGCCAGUUAUUUUAUUUUUUGCACAUUUUAUUUUGUUUAUUUCAUGUUUUUGUCAAACUGUUUUUUCUAAUUUCUAAGGACUUUUGUAUGUAUUGUUCAAAUAUAGACAUUCAAGGUGCAUUUCUUUUUAGACCAAAUUAACAUCAUUUGUAAAAUUCUAUAUUUAUUUUAUCGCUUCAAUGCAAUUCUAUCCUACACAUAAAGUGAGGAACAGAGUAAGGACAAUCCAUAUAUUUAUUUGUGUUUCUUGUCAGCUGUAAACUGAAAAUGAAACAUUCUCUGUUAAAGCAAAGAUGUGGUGCUUUUUAAAUAUACUGUACAUAUAAACAUAGGACAUUUUAAUGCAAUAAAAUCAUUAUAUGAAAAAGCA